CUACGUGUUUUGGGGGACAUAUUAAAGAGACGUACUGAUUUGUCGUCAACAACAGCAACAAGAGGUAAUGAAAAUUUGUUAUACUCUUUGCGUAAAUACGUCUAAAAGAAACAAAUAUUACCCUACAUUGAAAUAUUGUUACAGUCACUGUGUGUGUCUGCAGCUGACUCCCUCAUGUGUUUCCCCGCAGUUUCGUACAUGUCUGUGCAGCAGUGGUGUGACAACCAGCAGUGAAGCAUGAAUGUGAACCAGGGGACGGUGGGCAGCGACCCGGUCAUCCUGGCCACGGCUGGAUACGACCACACGGUCCGCUUCUGGCAGGCUCACAGUGGGAUCUGCACCAGGACAGUCCAGCACCAGGACUCUGUAUCCUUACAACCAAAUGCCCCGAAUUAUACUCUUUAAAAGAAGAGAGUGAGAGCAAGGUAGAUAUGCACCUUUGAGGUAGAAACAAUAGUUUUAAAGUUUGUUUUGUUCUGAACAGUCCUGACUGAGCAAACAUCUGUAUGUCUGUGUAAAAACAAAGCAGAUGUUUUUUGCUUCCUUCUCUGCUUUACGUUUCUGCUUACGACAUUGUCACUGCAUCAAUAAUGUAAGAAGCUGAUUGAAAUUGUCAGUAUCAAUGUCAGCUUUAUUUGUAUAGCACAUUUAAAAACAGCCAGCCAAACAGCCUACCAAAGUGCUUUACAGUAAAAUAGCCAGAGACAAUAAAAAAACUAUGAAAACAUUAAAAGCAUAGGUAAACAUAGCAAAUAAAUAAAAUACACGAUAAAAGUAGCUAUACUUCCCCAAAAGCUUAAGUGAACAGGUGCGUCUUCAGAAGUGUUUUAAAAGUGGAAAGGCUGUUAGCAGUGUGCGCUGUAAGGGGUAAAGCGUUCCACAAAGUGGGAGCCAUGACAGAAAAUGCUCGAUCUCCCCUAGAUUUUAAAAAGGAUCGAGGGACAUCUAAAACCACCUGGUUAGCUGACCUCAGGGCUCUGGAGGGCUGGCACAGUUGAACAAGGUCAGACAGAUAUUCCGGGCCAGCCCAUUCAGAGACUUAAAAACAAAUAAAAGAAUCGUAAAAUCAAUCCUGUACCUAACAGGGAGCCAGUAAGGAGAGGAGAGCACCAGAGUUAUGUGCUCCCGUUUCUUAGUCCCAGUUAGGAGACAAGCUGCAGCAUGCUGAAUGAGCUGCAAGCGGUUGAGCUCUGACUUGCCAAUGCCGACAUACAGGGAAUUACAAUAAUCUUAACAAGAUGUGAUAAAAGCAUGGAUAACUUUUUCAAGGUCUUUCUGACUUAAACAGGAUUUAAAUUGACAAUUUAUAACUGAGCUGUGUAAUGGUGCCAAUGUAAACAAGCUGCUUCCUUAACAUUUGCUUCCAGCAAGUAAAUUCACUUGAAGUCACACCUGACAGGAGCAUGAUAGCAGCAGCAGGUUGGUCAAGAACCUCUUCUCUAGUUUUCUUUUUCUUAUAUUAUUAUCGCUAUCCCACUCUAUUUCAUAUUAAUGUGCACUGUGUUUUUCAGGUUAUCAGCACAUCCGCAUGUAUGACCUAAACUCCAACAACCCCAACCCUGUCAUUAACUAUGAUGGUGUCAGCAAAAACAUCACAUCUGUGGGCUUCCAUGAAGACGGACGCUGGAUGUACACAGGAGGAGAAGACUGCAUGGCUCGCAUAUGGGACCUCAGGUAUUGUGUAGGAAACUCACUUAGUUUGACCAAAACCACUCUCACCAACAAACCCAACUUUAAACCCUGCUGCUGCUGCUUCUAGGUCAAGAAGUCUACAAUGCCAGAGGAUAUUCCAGGUCAAUGCCCCCAUUAACUGUGUGUGUCUUCAUCCCAACCAGGUGAGACUUUUAUUGAUGCAGAAGUCUUGGGUUUCAAUCUGCGACAGAAUACACGUUCUCAGUUAACAGUGAGUAUGGUGUGUUUUCCAGGCAGAGCUGAUUGUUGGAGAUCAGAGUGGCGUAAUUCACAUCUGGGAUCUGAAGACCGACCAUAAUGAACAGCUGAUUCCUGAGCCAGAGGUUUCAGUGAACUCAGUCCACAUAGACCCAGAUGCCAGCUACAUGGCAGCUGUCAACAGCUCGGUCAGUACCCUGUGUGUCUGAAAACAAGCCUGUCCAUUAAAACUUUGAGGUGUACGUAUAUAAGUGAUUAGAUUAAAGAAAAUCUCCCUUUAUCCUCUCCUCUUUAUUCUUCUUUUAUUAGGGAAACUGUUAUGUGUGGAAUCUCGCUGGAGGCAUGGGAGACGAGGUGACUCAGCUUAUCCCCAAGACGAAGAUUCCUGCACAUAAACGCUACUCACUCCGCUGCAAGUUCAGCCCUGAUUCCACGUGAGUGUUCUCCUUUUCCACUCUUUAGGAGAAAAGGUUUGAGUACACCUGUCUUCACAAUGUCAUAUCCUGACAGCAAUGUUACAUUUGGAGUUGUAUUUGCUUUUGUGUUGCGGAUGAUGAUGAGUUUUUGUGUGUUGUUGUUGUUGUCAUCUCCAGCCUGUUAGCCACCUGCUCUGCAGAUCAGACCUGUAAGAUCUGGAGGACGUCCAAUUUCUCACUCAUGACAGAGCUGAGCAUCAAGAGCAACAAUCCCGGAGAGACGUCCAGAGGCUGGAUGUGGGAUUGUGCUUUCUCUGGAGACUCCCAGUAUAUUGUCACAGGUCAGUACAUGAGCUCAAAAUUUAUGGGGAUGUGGGUUUACACUACAAUGUAAUGUCAGUAUACUUAGAGUAAAAGAAAAAAAGAGAUAAAAUUGAGGUUCAUACGCUAAAAGAAGUGUGCUUUUUGUUUUUAAAAUAUUAAAAUAGAUUUUUUUUUUUUUUGGACCAGAAUGAUGUACGAUCUAUGUCAUACAUGACCAACUUUGCCCACUCUUCAGCUGGAGUUGCAAACUUUUGUGAAUGAUUUCAGUGAGAUGAGUCCAAAAGAGGGAUGAAGUUUCUGUUCUGAUACGCAAAAACUGAGUUUAUUCUUUCAACAGGUUUAUUCUGCACAAGUACUAACCAUAGAGUAUUACCGACAGUCUGUCAAAAACUGUACUACAAUGACAAAAAAUGAAGGAAGUAUUUAAGAGAGAAGGAGGUAAAAGUAUGAGUGGCUUCAUUCCAAUCUGUAAUCUCACUCUGCCUCUUUGUUGUUUCCUACAGCUUCUUCAGACAACCUGGCUCGUCUGUGGUGUGUGGAGACCGGAGAGAUCAAGAGGGAGUACAGCGGCCACCAAAAGGCUGUGGUGUGUUUGGCCUUUAAUGACAGUGUGCUGGGCUGAAGAGGAAGAAAGAGAUAAAGAGAGGAAGAGACAGGACAGUCCGUACAGAGAAGAAACAGACAUGUCUCGAUGCCGUCUGGACAACAAGGAGGCUCUUUAAUCUCCAUGUGUUAGUACAUGUCUAAACUUAAAGUGCAAGAUGAACACAACUUUUAACACAAAGUGUAAGCAACCAAAAGACUAAACUAUCAUCUUUGUAACUUUCUCUUUAUGUUUCUAAUUCAUCACUCUGUGCAUUACAGAUCACUUCUUUAAAGUGUUUUACAGGCCACCGUAUUUAUUGUAUUAAAAGGACCACAUCAUUCCCAUUAACUUGGAUUAUCUCUUGUGUAAUGGGAAAGUUAUUUGCCUCUGUAAAGUUUUCAUUUCUGUAAUUGUCCACUAUCUUGGUCUGGUUUCCCUAAAACAGAUAUUUUAAGCUACAGGGACACCCUGGUUAAAUAAAAGAAGUGAAAUACUCAAAGCUCGA